CUCCAGGGCUGGAGAGAUGACAGCUGUGGUAAUGCCCCUGCACUGCUGUGCUGAUGGACAAGCACCGAGGGCUCAUCCAUCUGCAGAGCAGGGCAGUGGGAGGAGACGCCAUGACCCCCAUCCUCAUGGUCCUGAUCUAUGUCGGGCUGAGUCUGGGCCCCAGGACCCACGUGCAGGCAGGGACCCUCCCCAAGCCCACCCUUUCAGCUGAGCCAGGCUCUGUGAUCACCCAGGGGAGUCCCGUGACCCUCAGAUGUCAGGGGAACCUGGAAGCCCAGGAUUAUCAUCUAUAUGAAGAAAAAACACCAGCAUCCUGGAUUAUGUUGAUCCCACAGGCGAGUAGGAAGAAGGGCCAGUUCCCCAUCCGGUCCAUUGCUGGGGAACACACAGGGCAGUAUCGCUGUCAGUAUCAUGGACACACUCGCUGGUCAGAGCCCAGUGACCCCCUGGAGCUGGUGAUGACAGGUCUCUACCGCAAACCCACCCUCUCAGCCCUGCCCAGCCCUGUAGUGACCCCAGGAGGAAACGUGACCCUCCAGUGUGGCUCACAGGUGGCAUUUGAUGGCUUCAUUCUGUGUAAGGAAGGAGAAGAUGAACACCCACCAUGCCUGAACUCCCAGCCCCAUGCCCGUUGGUCAUCCCAUGCUGUCUUUUCCGUGGGACCCGUGAGCCCCAGUCGCAGGUGGACAUACAGGUGCUAUGGUUAUUACUCUCAAUCUCCUUAUGUGUGGUCUUCACCCAGUGAUCUCCUGGAGCUCCGGGUCCCAGGUGUUUCUGAGAAGCCAUCACUCUCAGUGCAGCCGGGUCCUGUCGUGGCCCCUGGGGAGACCCUGACCCUCCAGUGUGGCUCUGAUGUCGGCUAUGACAGGUUCGCUCUGUACAAGGAUUGGGGAACUGACCUCCUCCAGCGCCCUGGCCGGCAGCUCCAGGCUGGGCUCUCCCAGGCCAACUUCACCCUGAGCCCUGUGAGCCGCUCCCACGGGGGCCAGUACAGAUGCUCUGGUGCACACAACGUCUCCUCCGAGUGGUCGGCCCCCAGUGACCCCCUGGACAUUCUGAUCACAGGACAGAUCCCUGACACACCCUCCCUCUCAGUGCAGCCGGGCCCCACGGUGGCCUCAGGAGAGAACGUGACCCUGCUGUGUCAGUCACAGGGGUGGAUGGACACUUUCCUUCUGACCAAGGAGGGAGCAGCUGGUGCCCCGCUUCGUCUAAGUUCAAAGUACCAAUCUGAUAAGUACCAGGCUGAAUUCCCCAUGAGUCCUGUGACCUCAGCCCACACGGGCACUUACAGGUGCUACGGCUCACGGAGCUUCAACCCCUACCUGCUGUCUCACCCCAGUGACCCCCUGGAGCUCGUGGUCUCAGGCCCUCAGGACCAGCUUGUCCCUCCCACGGAGUCUGAUCCCCGGAGUGGAGCAGCUGAGACCCUCAACCCAUCACAAAACAAGUCUGACUCCAAGGAUGCCUCACACCCUCAGGAUUACACAGUGGGGAAUCUCAUCCGCAUGGGCAUGGCUGGCUUGGUCCUGGUGGUCCUCGGCAUUCUGCUAUUUGAGGCUCAGCACAGCCAGUGAAGCCCCCAAGAUGCAGCCAGGAGGUGAACAGCAGAGAAGAUAGUGCAGCCUU